AUGGGCGGUGACCCAUCUUGGAGGAACCAAAACUUGUAUUGCACAUACCAUAGGGACAAAGGGCACACCACCGAGCAGUUUCGGGUAUUAAAAGAUCAUCUUGGGCAAUUAGUAAAAGCAGGGUAUCUGAAAGAGUUUGUAGUGGACUCCGCAGACCGGGAUGCCAGCCAGGGUGUUCAGCAGAAAAGGAAUCCCCUCCCACCACCGCUGGGAGUGAUCGAAGUCAUCCACGCCGUUCCGAGAGGUACAGUAGCAGCUAAAGGGGUAUUGAUAGUGGCUUGCACGGAAGGAGAAUCACCCGAGAAGAGGACGAGAGUUAGUCGGCUAACCAUCUCUUUUGGCGAAGAAGACUUGGAAGGGACGAUCCAACCUCAUGAUGAUGCGUUGGUAGUAAUAGCUCGGAUAAGCGGGUUCUUGGUAAAAAGAGUGAUGUACCAAGGAAGCGGAGCCGACGUGAUGUACCCGGAUCUGUUCAAAGGGCUCAGAUUAAAGAGUCAGGAUUUGGCGAAGUAUGACACACCGCUGGUCUCGUUUGACGGAAGAGUCGUGGUUCCCGAAGGGCAAAUUUCUCUCUUGGUGGACAUGGAAGGCAAGGAAGUAAUAGUGACCUUCAUAGUAGUCCGGUCAUUCUCACCGUACACCGCAAUCCUAGGAAGGCCGUGGAUCCAUGCAAUGAAGGCCAUUCCGUCCACCCUGCACGUAAAAGUGAAAUUUCUCACCGAGUAUGGAGUCACCGUGGUGCGAGGGAACCAACGAGUGGCUAGGCAGUGCCUGGUCACCGCGGUCAGAUGGAAGAGUGAACAACUCGGACAAGCAGAGGAGACCGAAAAAGAAACUUUAUAG